AAACCGUUGCGUUUUAAGUUUCGAGCUGUCAUUUAAAGGCGGUUGAAAAUAUUGAAAGAUUGUGAUAGUGUCUUGUUUUGAUUUUAUUUAUUACAAAAACUGACAAUUUCAUUUUAUUGAGGACCCAUUUAUAAGACUGAGUUUUAAUCAUGGCCGCGCCAAGGAGAGCCGCACAGACCGUAAAUCAAGAAAACGUAAAUUCCCGUCUUGCUGUGAAAUCAAACGUAACUGCGCCAUUAGAACCGCUAAAAAGACCAGCACUUGGCGAACUCGGCAAUACACUACAAGACACCCAAAAAGCACAAAACGGUCUUGCUCCAACAAAAGAUGGUUUUAAAAAACCUGAAGGUACUUUGCAACCCAAAAAAGAGACAAUCAAAACUUUGACUAACAAGGAAAAGGCAAUUCCGAUAAAACCUAGAACUAUCCUAAAAAGACAGGAAAGUUUAGUAAAACCGUUACAAGGAAAAUGUACACAGCCUAAAGAAGUACCACGCACAUCGACACUAGUAAACAAAAAACUGUCUAUCGUUGACCCAGACGAAAGUAGCAAAAAUGAUCCUCAGAUGGUAACCGAGUAUGUAAUGGAUAUCUUCAAAUAUCUUAGAGACAUGGAAUUGAAAUUAGCUAUCAAAGAUAACUUCCUCAAAGACCACGAAACUACUUCCAGGAUGCGUGCAAUACUCGUUAAUUGGUUAGUCGACGUACACGCAAACUUUAAAGCCACGCUUGAUACUUUGCAUAUAUGCAUUGGAAUCGUGGAUAGAUAUUUACAGGCGAACAAAAAAGUAGGAAGAAAUACGCUUCAGUUAGUAGGGGCCUCAGCAAUGUUGAUAGCAUGUAAGUAUGAAGAAAUAUAUGUUCCAGAAUUAGACGACUUUGAAUAUGUAUGUGAUCACACAUUUACAAAACGACAAAUUCUUCAAAUGGAAAGGGAAAUACUGAAGGGGUUAGAUUUUAGUUUAGGUCGACCGAUUUCGGUGCAGUUUCUCCGUAGAUAUACAAAAGUGACUCAAUCUCGCGUGGAGCACCAUAACUUAGGUAAAUAUAUGUUGGAAUUGGUAUUACUCGAAAGCGAUCUAGUGCACGUAAGACCUUCCCUACUGGCAGCCGCAGCUUGUUGCUUGUCAAUAGGAAUAUUGAACGAAACUAUGGAUUUGCCGAAACUGUGGAACCCCACCUGUGUACAGUACACGUCCUACAAUUACAACGACUUCAAAUCGAUAAUAACGGAACUCGCUUAUCUCUUAGUCAAAAGCGAACAGUCGAAAUUCCAAGCAAUAAGAAGAAAAUACGCCCUAGCAAAAUUCGGCAAAAUUAGUCUUAAUGUUAAAUUAAAUGGUCCUCUUGUGAGAAAGUUGACAGCGGGGAAAAAGUGAUAUUUCCAUUUUAUCUUUUAACCGAAUUUUUAUAUUUUAUAUCAGUUUUAUAUUUAGUGUCAUUUUUAUUUACGUUUUAGUACAUUUUAAUAAACUAGAUUCAAGCUAAAGACUAUUAAAAGCCUUCAAUAUCAA